GAGGGAGCAGAGACCUGGGGGUCAAGGAGCAGUACUUUCUUCUCUGCGGUCUGUCAGCACCCGCAGCGCCACGUGGAUAACUGACCUCAUGAGCGCCCCAGAGAUUCCAAAAAAAGGCAGGAAAGGCCAAGAAUGCUAAGAGGUUAAAAUCAGUAUUGUCUUAGGAAGAACAGAGGCAACACUUGGCACUAAGGACAGACGUGCCAGAGCACGUGGAGCGCCCACUGUGUUCCUAGUGUGCACAUCAGAUUUCUAUGAAGAAGUAGUCCGAGUUAUGUUUUGACGAACAACCCCGCCUUUUAGACUUGAAUCUUUCGGCGUUCGGCUACUCUCCCCUAGCUCCUCUUUUUCCCCCAGCAGUCUCUCCGGUUUGGGGGGCGCUCGGUGUUCGGCCCUGCUGCCUGUCGCCUGGUAGUAGGACCGGAAGUUGUUGUGGGGGGGAGCGCUUGUUGGGGGGGGCCCUGGGGGGGGUCGCUCUCUCCUCAGGUGAAGCCGCUGAUGGAGAUGGAGCCGCCGCCGCCACUGAGCGCCCGAGUCCCGGCUCCGGCCUGGCUAGCGCCACCUCAGUGACCCCACUCCCCCCGCACUGGGCCAGCCGGGCCAGAGUGGGGGACCCCUACCUCCUUGUCCCCCCUCUUCCCCAACACAGCCCGCUGUCGCCCAACCCCGAAACCCUGCGCGCGAAGAUGCCGCAGAUCUCUUUAAGAUGGACAUAGAAGAAUGUAAUGGCCGCUCCUACUUGUCUGGAAUCCACGCUUCCUGGAAGGUGAGUGGCUGGGCUCACCCCUGCCUGCCACCGAGACGCAGACAUGCACACACCGCCCGCACUCCCUCGCCGUUUCCAAGGCGGCGGCCGCGUUCGCACCCCAGGGUCUCACCCGCCAGGGAAGGAUAAUCUGGAGAGGGAUCCCUCAGGAGGGUGUGUUCCGGAUUUCUUGCCUCAGGCCCAAGACUCCAACCAUUUUAUAAUGGAAUCUUUAUUUUGUGAAAGUAGCGGGGACUCAUCUCUGGAGAAGGAGUUCCUCGGGGCCCCAGUGGGGCCCUCAGUGAGCACCCCCAACAGCCAGCACUCUUCUCCCAGCCGCUCCCUCAGUGCCAACUCCAUCAAGGUGGAGAUGUACAGCGAUGAGGAGUCGAGCAGACUGCUGGGGCCCGACGAGCGGCUCCUGGAAAAAGAUGACAGCGUGAUUGUGGAAGACUCGUUGUCAGAGCCCCUGGGCUACUGUGACGGGAGCGGGCCGGAGCCGCACUCCCCUGGGGGCAUCCGGCUGCCCAAUGGCAAGCUCAAGUGCGACGUCUGCGGCAUGGUCUGCAUUGGCCCCAAUGUGCUCAUGGUGCACAAACGAAGCCACACGGGCGAGAGGCCCUUCCACUGCAACCAGUGCGGUGCCUCCUUCACCCAGAAGGGCAACCUGCUGCGCCACAUCAAGCUGCACUCUGGGGAGAAGCCCUUCAAAUGUCCCUUCUGCAACUACGCCUGCCGCCGGCGUGACGCACUCACCGGCCACCUCCGCACACACUCAGGUGACGAGAUGCGUGACCUGGAGAUGGUGCCAGACUCCAUGCUGCACUCAGCGUCUGACCGGCCAACUUUCAUUGAUCGCCUGGCGAACAGCCUGACCAAGCGCAAGCGUUCCACCCCUCAGAAGUUCGUAGGUGAAAAGCAGAUGCGCUUCAGCCUGUCGGACCUCCCCUAUGAUGUGAACUCGGGCGGCUACGAGAAGGAUGUGGAGCUGGUGGCGCACCACGGCCUGGAGCCUGGCUUUGGAGGGUCUCUGGCCUUUGUGGGUGCAGAGCACCUGCGUCCCCUCCGCCUUCCACCUACCAACUGCAUCUCAGAACUCACGCCUGUCAUCAGUUCUGUCUACACCCAGAUGCAGCCCCUCCCUGGCCGCCUGGACCUUCCAGGGUCCCGAGAAGCAGGUGAAGGACCCGAGGACCUGGGGGACGGAGGGCCCCUCCUCUAUCGAGCCCGAGGCUCCCUGACUGACCCAGGGGCCUCCCCCAGCAACGGCUGCCAGGACUCCACAGACACAGAGAGCAACCAUGAAGACCGGGUUGGGGGGGUGGUGUCCCUCCCUCAGGGUCCCCCACCCCAGCCACCCCCCACCAUCGUGGUGGGCCGGCACAGUCCUGCCUAUGCCAAAGAGGACCCCAAGCCACAGGAGGGGUUACUGCGGGGCACCCCGGGCCCCUCCAAGGAAGUGCUCCGAGUGGUGGGCGAGAGCGGAGAGCCGGUGAAAGCCUUCAAAUGUGAACACUGCCGCAUCCUCUUCCUGGACCAUGUCAUGUUCACCAUCCACAUGGGCUGCCAUGGCUUCAGAGACCCUUUUGAGUGCAACAUCUGUGGUUACCACAGCCAAGACCGGUACGAAUUCUCUUCCCACAUUGUCCGGGGGGAGCAUAAGGUGGGCUAGUGACCUCUGUCCCUGCCCGUAGUCUGCCACUCCGCUGCCCCCCAGGUGUCCAGCUCUGUCCCACCACACCCCAAGGGGUUCUUCCCCAGAGCCCUCGCCCUGGCCGCCUGACCUCACACGGACCCCGGCCCUCCUCGCCCUUGCCCUCCUGCUGCCCGACCCCUCCGGUGUCGCGAUGAGACAGGCCUUCCUUCUCCUCGGCUCCGCCCGCGCCCUGAGUUACGUGCUAGUUGCCUGUGUUUGCCUUUUUCACCUGCAGCCGCCCCGCCCGUCCCCUCCCGCUCCUCCCUCGGCUCCUCCGCUAGGCCUAAUUUUUUUCCUGGUCCAUCCUGCAUCCUCUAACAGCCCCAGGGAUCAGAAGCUCCUCUCCAAAGGAAGAGACUCUGCGCUUCUCGCUUUAA